AGAGCGCGGCGGACACCGCUCCGCUCCGUGAGCCGCCGCGGGGGCGGUCGGCGCUGCCUUCGCUCCCCGCCGCGGAGCCGCCGCGCCGCCGGAGCCGGGAUGUGACUUGCGGAGGGCUGGCGGACAGAGCUGCCCCGCCGCCCUCGGCCGCAGCAGACAGCGGACAGAAAAAUGAAAACCUACCCAGCCAUUGGUUUCUUCCUCCUGCUGGUGAUCAGCUAUGGCUCUUCAGAGAACUCCAGCACUCCCCGGGGCUGCGGGCUGGAUCUCCUGCCCCAGUACGUGUACCUGUGUGACCUGGAUGCCAUCUGGGGCAUCGUUCUGGAGGCGGUGGCGGGGGCAGGCGUGCUGACCACGCUGCUGCUGAUGCUGAUUUUGCUGGUGAGGCUGCCCUUCAUCAAGGACAAAGAGAAGAAGAGCCCCCUGGGAAUGCACUUCCUCUUUCUCUUCGGGACUCUGGGACUGUUUGGGCUGACGUUUGCUUUCAUCAUCCAGGAAGAUGAAAUGGUGUGCUCGACCCGAAGGUUUCUCUGGGGAGUUAUCUUUGCUUUGUGCUUCUCCUGCUUGCUAGCCCAAGCCUGGAGACUUGGCAGGCUCGUUCGCCACGGGAAGAGCCCGUCUGGCUGGCACCUGGCCGGGGUGGCCACGUGCCUGAUGCUGGUGCAGGUCAUCAUCGCGACCGAGUGGCUGAUCCUGACGGUUGUCAGAGACAACAAGCUGGCCUGCAGCUACGAACCCAUGGAUUUUGUGAUGGCUUCCAUUUACGUUAUGUUCCUGAUGGUCUUUACCAUGGGAUUUUCGUUUUUCACUCUCUGUGGGAAGUUCAAGAAAUGGAAGAAAAACGGAGUAUGCCUCAUUAUAACCCUUUUCUUUUCCAUCCUGAUUUGGGUAGCCUGGAUGACUAUGUACCUCUUCGGUAACGCUGAGCUCCAGAGAAGAGACAAAUGGAGUGAUCCCACUCUGGCCAUUGCACUGGUGUCCAGUGGCUGGGUCUUUGUUAUUUUUCAUGCCAUCCCAGAGGUCCACUGUACCAUCCUUCCAUCACAGCAGGAAAACACACCCAAUUAUUUUGAUACUUCUCAGCCGAGGAUGCGUGAAACCGCUUUUGAGGAAGAUAUACAGCUUCCUCGGAGCUACAUGGAAAACAAAGCCUUUUCAAUGGAUGAACAUAAUGCAGCGCUCAGGACAGCAGGAUUUCGGAACGGCAGCUUGGGAAGCCGGCCCAGUGCUCCUUUUAGAAGCAAUGUUUAUCAGCCAACUGAGAUGGCAGUUGUGCUAAAUGGUGGGACUAUACCAACUGCUCCGCCAAGUUACACUGGACGACACCUCUGGUGAAAGGCUGUAGGCUGUAGAGAAUAAGAAUCCUUGUUGCAGAUGUUAUUCCCUGGCAGUGUGUCUUUGAGGGAAGGAAUCCAUAACAGUACCAGAACAAAGCAACAAAACAUCCAGGAUCUUUCUAAAUCCUACAGAGGAUUUUGCUAAAUGUGAACACCAUUGAAUGGAGAAUUGCAAAAACAAAAUUGUACAACUGAAGCUGAAUCUAAUUUAAAACAGAAGUAGGCACACCUUAAAUUGGCAGAGGAGAUGUUGUAUUCUGAAGUGUAAGAUACUCUCUUGUCUGUAACUUGUGUGCUAGACAAGCCUGGUUUUGGUGGUUGCCAGUUGCUUGCAAAAUACCUUCCUCUCACCUAAACUUAACUCAUGUUGCCACAAGAGAUUGCCACUACAGCGCGAAAACACGCGGGGUUUCUUUCCAUUUUUCUCCUUUUCCUGUCAUUUCCAACGUCAUGAGAAGUCCCCAGUUUGCUCCCUCCCUAGCUGUGCUGUGCAGUCACGCAGCAUCGUGUGUAGGCAGACACGCUCCCUCUGGGGCAGCUCGGUCCCCAUGGCUCUGCGGGCUGAUGCUCUGCUCUCUCAG